UUCUUUUUUUCUGCCUUGUGUGUCUCUGCGCUCAUUUGAACGGAGGAUGCCCACGCGCCGCGCGCUGGAAAAAGACGAGGCGCACAGGACGUCUGUCCCUCCGACUUUCAUUUGGCAGGGAGUCGCAUCGCCGUGGUUCUAGGAGGAGCUGCAAGUUCUCCAGCGGUCUGUUCAGCCGUUUGCAACUUGCCUGGGCGAAAGGCGUCUGUUUCCACCAGAUUAGAUUUAGAGAAGGCUGUAAAAAGAGACAAAUGUGGGGUGCAAUGGAACAGCCAAGCCACUGUAGGAAGACCAAUCAUCUGCCAGCCUCAAAGUAAUUUUCAAGCUUUUGAGAGAGAAAAAAACGGAGUCUCCGUGUUGAGAAACAAAAUUCCUAUCAAGAUUUUGGGAAAAGAUCACAUCAAACCAUGAAUUCUUUUGAAGGGGAAAAGGUUCUACGAUCAGAUGCAAUCACCAGCAGUAAAUUCAGUUUGCCUUUUUUAUUUUUGAAUUUCUGCUUCUAAAACUUAGAGCUCUUCAAGAACUAGAGUUGGCCAAAAUUUCAUUUAUUUAUCUUUAAUGAAAAAAUAAAAUUAAAACAUAAAAUAAUUUUUAGGCUUAAAGCAUAAAACCAGCUCUCUCAUAAAGCUGGUGCUGACAUGGCUCAGAGUGACCUUAGCGGAGCCACAGGCAGUAAAUACUACGGGUCCACAAGUGCUAGUACAUCAUCAAUAUCCUUCUCCAAAAACAUGUUUCUUAAUGGCUGUUUGUCCUUGUUUCCUCUCAACUGACCACUGAGUCAAUCAAGUUAAAUCACUUCUUUUAUUUUUUGUCUUAGAAAACCUUGAAAAACAUUUCACAGUCAGUUUGCAGGUCAUACUUUGAAGAGAAAAUCAAAAAAACUUUACAAGCCGAAAGCAGAUAAUAUGAAGAAUCCCAAUGACUGAUCAUGCUACAACAAACAAACACGCUCUCAGCAGGUGAUUCAAAUCCAUGAUGCUCUGUGGCCUGCUGAGUAUUCUGCAGACAACCUCAGAUUGAUUUGUGAUCCCAUGGAUUAACUUUCAAGUUUUUUUUUCUUUUUUUCCUUUUUUUCCUGGAAAGCUUUUAAAGUUUUUUCAGGUGUUUCUGGAAUAUAACCACCGCCGAAAUAGACCAUUUGUGUCCACACGUGUGCUACAUAAAGUUCUUUUUUUAAAGUCAAGAUGGUAUUUUUUGGGAGAGUCCGAGCUUGGACGCUUUUGGCCACACUUGGUCUUUUGUGUUGCUGUAACUUUAACAAGUCCGGGGCUUCAAGGACUAGUGGCACAAUCUCAGGACAGGUCAAGCAGGAGGAAGGAGCCUCAUCACUUGAACGUGUAAAGAGAGGAUGGGUGUGGAACCAGUUUUUUGUGGUGGAAGAGUACACAGGAACUGAGCCGCUAUACGUUGGAAAGAUUCACACAGAUUCGGACGAAGGUGAGGGCAACAUAAAGUACACCAUAUCUGGAGAGGGGGCAGGAUCCAUUUUCCUCAUCGAUGAGCUCACGGGAGACAUACACGCCACGGAGAGGCUGGACCGAGAAGAGAAGGCUUUUUACACGCUUCGGGCUCAGGCUAGGGAUCGGCUGACCGACGACCCGCUGGAACCAGAGUCAGAGUUUGUCAUCAAGGUCCAGGACAUCAAUGACAGCGAGCCGCAGUUCUUGGAAGGCCCCUACAUUGGCAGCGUGGCUGAACUCUCACCUAUAGGUACGUCUGUAAUGAAGGUUACGGCUUCAGAUGCUGACGACCCCACCUAUGGGAGCAGUGCCAGAGUGGUGUACAGCGUGCUGGAUGGGGAAAGGUUUUUCACAGUGGACAGGCAUACAGGAAUCAUCAUGACAGCAGUGGCAGAUUUGGACCGUGAGACACAGGAUCGUUAUGAGUUGGUCGUCAAGGCAACAGACAUGGCAGGACAAAUGGGUGGUCUCUCCGGCUCCACUACGGUGACCAUAGUGAUCACAGACGUUAAUGACAACCCACCACGCUUCCCACAGAAGAUGUACCAGUUUUCAGUGUCAGAGGGAGCUGCUGUAGGGACACCGGUUGGACGCGUCAUUGCAACAGAUGCAGAUAUGGGAGAGAACACAGACAUGAGUUAUCUGAUAAGAGAAGGAGGGGAACUCUUCAAGGUUACUACAGACGUGGAGACGCAGGAGGCAGUUGUCGCCAUCAAGAAGCAACUGGACUUUGAGAGCAAAAGGACACACAAUGUUGUGGUAGAGGCCGUGAACAAGCACGUCGAUCCUCGCUUUGUUGACCUUGGCUCUUUUCGGGACCAAACUAUCGUGCGUGUGAGCGUGUCAGACGUAGACGAGCCGCCUAUCUUUCAACCAGCAGAUGGCACAACCAUGGAAGUCCAGGAGGAUGCCAAAGUCGGAGCGCUGGUUGGCGUCGUCACUGCCAGGGAUCCAGAUGUGAAGAAUAAACCCAUUAGGUUCUCCAUUGAUCGAACCACAGACCAGGAAAUGAUCUUCUACAUUGAUCCGGAGUCGGGGGCCAUCACAUUAGGAAAAAUCCUGGACAGAGAGAUUGCAGGCUGGCACAAUAUUACUGUGAAGGCAGAAGAAGCAGAUAACCACACAAUGGCAUCCUUCUCCCCCGUGAGCAUCCGGAUUCUGGAUGUAAACGACAACCCUCCUGAACUUGCUACACCAUUUGAAGCCUCAAUAUGUGAAGAUGCCAAACCAGGCCAGUUGAUUCACACCAUCAGCGUGGUGGACAGAGAUGAACCACAAUCUGGACAUCGCUUUUAUUUCACCCUGGCACCUGAAGCCUCCAGCAACCGUCACUUCACCCUGAGAGAUGUCAAAGACAACACAGCUGGCAUCCAUACCCAGAGGUCAGGCUUUAACCGCCACGAGCAGAAUGUUUACUUCCUGCCUAUUCUGGUGGUUGACAGCGGGUCUCCCUCCCUGAGCUCCACAGGCACCCUGACCAUCCACGUCUGCGGCUGCGACACAGAUGGGGCCAUCCAGUCCUGCAAUGCAACAGCGUAUGUAAUGAGUGCGGCUCUCAGCCCCGGGGCACUUAUAGCACUACUGGUCUGCAUGCUCAUCCUCAUAGUUCUGGUGUUGCUGAUUCUAACCCUGAAACGCCACCGUAAAGGCCAGAGAAUGACGGAGGAUGAAGAGGACAUGAGGGACAACGUCAUCAAAUACAACGAUGAGGGGGGAGGCGAGCAGGACACUCAAGCGUAUGACAUGAGCGCCCUGAGGAACCUCUACGACUUCCCAGAGUCUAAAAGUGACUCUGGCCCUGACAUCCGCUCACUGCCACAGUGGCUACAAGCAAACAGAGUGGGUGGAGGUGCGGAUGGAGCCGCAGCAGCAGCACCAGCGGACUUCUCUCUUUUUGAAAGCUACAUCAGAAAGAAGGUGGAGCAGGCUGACGCAGACCUGUCGGUGCCGCCAUAUGACUCUUUUCAGACAUAUGCCUUUGAGGGCAGCAGUUCACCCGCACUUUCACUCAGUUCCAUCAACACGCUGUCCACCACCUCGGAGCAGGAUUUCUCCUACCUCAGCGACUGGGGACCACGGUUCAGGCAGCUGGCAGGCUACUAUGCUCCAGAGCGCCCAGAGAAGGAAGGGUCCUAGCACAGCGUCUCCUUUGAGGAGAGACAGUUUAAAACUCCCUUUUGCUUCUACUUUGUCCUUUAUAUUUCCCCUGGCACUCUUCGGAGAUCAUCAAAGCCAACACUGUGUCAAAGACAGAGCAUAGCACCUCUUUAUCGCUUUUUGGAAAUCCCUUCAUAGAUUUUUAAAAACUUCAUUUUUUCCCCCCACUUCUUUUGUUUUUUUUUUUAUUUAAUUUUUCACUUGAGUUUCAAAGUGUUACUUAUGUUAUGGUACAAAAACUUUAUUUGUAUGAAAUAUGAAAAACUGCCAGAUAGUUAUAUAUAUGGGAGUUUUAUGGGAGAAUCCUAUCUUUUCUGUCAUCAGAGACAAUGAAUCCAGAGUUCAGCGUAACAAACUGGCUGAGAAAACAUGUUCUUAUUUAACAGGAGGAUUUUCAUGUAUUUAUUUGUGUUUGUUUAUUUAUUUAUUUAAACAACGAUCACUAUGGUGACUUUAAGUGUGGAACUGUGCUAAAGUGAGAAAAAAAAGAAAAGAAAAGCAGGAGGGCAUUACUAGAGGGAGAAAUCUGCUUGACGACAGGCCUGCAGUGUUGAGGACUAUGCCCACUGCAGAUGUAAAAUGUGGAUUCCAAAAAAAUAUUAAAAUUGAUAUUUGUAUUAUUUUGUAUGGCCACUUUUUUUUCUAAUUGUGUGUGAGAAAAGCAAACAGAAAAAGGAAAGGACAGCAGAAAUAAGAGGCAGAGUUUGGUCUGCAAAAAUGAGGCUGAUGUACUUUUGCUGCAUUUUUGUUUGGUUUUUAUAAAAAGGAGAAAUUGAAGGUCACAAACUGAAGACUAUUUUGUGUUGACAAUGUCCUUUUUUUUUUUUUUUUUUACCCCUCCAUCGCCAUUUUGAAGGCAAUAAGGCACAAACCGCAACAGUUAUUUAAGACCAACAAAAUGACUCUUUUAUUAAGUUGGCGCAUGGCCAGCUUCGUACCACUGGGAACCGGUAUAUAUUCCAGAUUUCUUGUGUGAAUAUGUACAAUGUGUUCAUUUUAAAUCCUGCGAUGUCUGAUUUUGCAUUUGAUUGAAUAUUUCCUCUGAGGAAAGGAGAGAGAGACAAGUUCCAGCAGAAGGGUUGUGUCUAAUUUAGGAGAUGUUUUACAGGGUAACACAUCUUCACCCCUGUCCAACCUGGUAUUGCAACCUAUCCAUGUUGACCUUAACCUGCAAGUGUAUACGGAAAAAUAGCAUUGACAUUUUAAAAAAUAAAUAUAAUUUUGUUUUUGUAAA